GACGGAGAGGCAGAGAAGCUUUGCACCACUUUUAUCAAGACUGUUAUUAACUAUCAAAGCUUCAUUUCAGGCUCCGCUCCCGCGCUGCACACGCAGUGAAUUCAUGGAUGAGAAAGGUCUUAAUCUGAGGAGGAAUUGGGUUAAAGUGCGGAAUCUUCCGGAUCAAAGUGGAGGAGUGGGAGGAAUAAACCAGGGUUAUUUAUUUUGAUAAUGCCGAGGAGCCAGCUUCUGCUUCGGAUUUACGUCCAAAACAAGUCUGAAUCCAGAGGAUGACAGCUGCCACUCCAGUCUGCAGCCCCACCUCCUCCCAUUCAUCUCACUCCUCACCUGUCUGCCCCCCAGAAUGCCACAGACGCCUGAGGAAAAGUAAAGCCCUUCAGACCAAACUGCCCCUGAGUUCUGCCCCAGGUUGGUGGCUUCUGCUGGGUGUAAUGGUGGUGCUGGUGGGGAUGAGCGUAGCAGUGGCAGGCUAUGUUUCUGCUGCACCGAAGCCCGUGGGCGGACGCGGGACCACCCAUGUGGACAGGAUGAAACUGGCCGGUCCUGUGGUCAUGGGAGUCGGCCUCUUCAUCUUCAUCUGUGCCGCCACGCUGCUGUAUGAGAACAGGGACCGUGAAGUCCGCAGACGAGAGAAACCUGACGACCUUGAGGAUCUGAAGGGAGGAAGCUUUUGCGAAGAUUCACAAGAGCAGCCCAGCUUCGGCUGCCAAGAGCAGUGGGAGUGUAAAGAUGGAGAGCAGGGAUCCUGGGCUGCUCCAGCCCACAUUCUCCCCCUCUCAGACCCUCCUCUUCCUCAUUUGAACAGACACAGCAUCAGCAGCAGACCCUCAGUGCCAUCUCAUCUGGAUACAGGAGGUAAAGAUAAAGAGGAUGUGGACAGAAAGGAGGAGGAGAGGGAGGGAAGGUCAACCCUGCUGGCCCAAGUUCUGCACCACCAGGAGCCAACUCCUCACCCUCCCUCCCCCUGCCUGUCCAUCUCUCACUCCCCCGUCUUCUCAGACUCCUGCAACUCUAGUGAAAUCAACUUCAACAUACGGACAGACUCUUCUGUGCCGCCUCAACUCUGAA